AUGCCUCAUCGUAUCGUUUUCACGCACGGCGACCUCAAGCACCAUAACAUCGCUGUACAAAAUGGACAAAUUACAGGCUUUUUGGACUGGGAGUCAGCAGGCUGGUGUCCUGAAUAUCGGGACUUUACCACAGCCCUCAGGUUCAUUCCGAAAGGUUACUGGUGGUACAACUUUGUGAUAAGGCUUGGGGGCAGCUCAUACAUGGCAGAACUGGAUUGUUGA